GCUGCGGGUCUGCAGCUGGAUACUAGCCUCCAACAGCAAUUCUCCGGUUACAGUUUAAAAGCUGGAAAUGUUUCCAUCAACCUGCAAAUGAGAUGUUCCACAAUCCUGUCCAGUUGGUGGUGGUAAUGCGCCUAAAGCCAUUUGCAAACCUCUAAACCUCAGAAGACGAAGAAUUAACAAGGGAAAAGGAAAACAGCAGUAGCCUACAUGAAUAAGUUAAGAUGGAGAUUGAAGACAUGAGUGAUCCUGAACCAUGUAGAAUGACAAAUGAAGAUACUGAGGAACUAAGAAACCUGAUGGAAGUGGAAGAAGAAAGUCAAAAAUGUUAUGAAGUGGAUGUGAAAACUCAGUAUCAGAAACCAGAUGAAUUCAUAACUGAAGAAAAAAUGUUCAGUUGCUCAAAGAUUGAGAAGAAUGUAUCACAAAGAAAAUCACAAAAAACAAGAGCCAAGAAAUCUUUAACCUGCACUCGGUGUGGAAAGAGUUUCACAAGAAAAGAUACUCUGAACAAUCACAUGAGAAUUCACUCUGCAGAGAAGCCUUUCACAUGCCUCCAAUGUGGAAAGAGUUUUACAUGUAAAGGAAGCCUUAACAUUCACAUGAGAAUUCACUCUGGAGAGAAGCCUUUCACAUGCCUCCAAUGUGGAACGAGUUUUGCACAUAAAACAAGCCUUAACAUUCACAUGAGAAUUCACACCGGAGAGACCUUGACAUGCCUUCAAUGUGGAAAGAGUUUUACACAAAAAGGACACCUUAAAGGUCACAUGAGGAUUCACACUGGAGAAAGCCCUUUCACAUGUCUUCAGUGUGGUAAGAGUUUUACACGUAAUGAGCACCUUCAGAGGCACACGCAAAUUCACACUGGAGAGAAGCCAUUCACAUGCCAUCUGUGUGAGAAUAGUUUCGCUCGUGAAGAACAUCUUAAGAAUCACAUGAGGAUUCACACUGGAGAGAAGCCUUUCAUGUGUUUUCAGUGUGGAAAGAGUUUUACACAGGCAGCCAAUCUCCAAAUUCACCAGCGCACUCAUUCACAACACCAAAGAGUCCAUACUGGAGAAAAACCUUACAAGUGUUCACAUUGUGAAAAGAGUUUCAGUCACUCAGGAACCCUGAAAAAACAUGGAAGAGUGCAUACUGGAGAAAAACCUUACAAGUGUUCACAUUGUGAAAAGAGUUUUAGUCAGUCAGGAAACCUGAAAACACAUGAACAAGUGCAUACUGGAGAAAAACCUUACAAGUGUUCACAUUGUGAAAAGAGUUUCACUCAGUUAGGACACAUGAAAUCACACAAAAGGGGGCACACUGGAGAAAAACCUUACAAGUGUUCACAUUGUGAAAAGAGUUUCACUCAUUCAAGAAGCUUGCAAGAUCACCAAAGAAUCCACACUGGAGAAAAACCUUACAAGUGUUCACAAUGUGGAAAGAGUUUCACUCAGUUAGGACACAUGAAAUCACACAAAAGGGGGCACACUGGAGAAAAACCUUACAAGUGUUCACAUUGUGGAAAGAGUUUCAGUCGCUCAGGAAUCCUGAAAAAACACGAAAAUGUGCACACUGCAUAAGCCAUACACUGCUCUAUAUGUGAGAUGAGUUUUAGCUCAAGUUCUCUAAAGAAACAAAUGAUUCAUCACAGUAAGCACAGUAAGAAAUUGUAAGCUAGUGGGGUGAAAGUUGGUAAUGAUUCUUGGGGCCCACAGUUCCGGGGGGGGGUCCCAAAACAAAUGAUAUUUGUCCUUUUUAUUUAAUAAUAUUUUUUUUUCCCCUUUUCUUCCAAUUUGGAAUGCCCAAUUCCCCUCGUGGUGGUGCGUUUACUCACCUCAAUCUGGGUGGCGGAGGAAAAAUCUCAGUUGCCUCUGCUUCUGAGACGUCAGUCCGCACAUCUUGUCACGUGGCUCGUUGUGCACAACACCGCAGAGACUCACGACACGUGAAGGCUCAUGUUAUUCUCCGCGAUCCACACGCAACUUACCAUGCGCCCCAUUGAGAGCGAGAACACUAAUCAUGACCACGAGGAGGUUACCCCGUGUGACUCUACCCACCCUAGCAACCGGGCCAAUUUGGUUGCUUAGGAGACUUGGCUGGAGUCACUCAGCAUGCCCUGGAUUGGAACUCGUAACUCCAGGGUUGGUAGUCAGCGUCAAUAAUAAAUGUUUUUGUUAAUAGGGAUCAGGGCAAUAUACAAACAGGGGGCCCAGAAUACCAUGCUAUAGCCCUGGUUAUGUUAAUUAGUUUAAAAGGUCUAGAGGCACUCCCAUUCAGAAGUAGUGUCCUGUAAAUUAAAUCAAAAAGUUUUCCAAAAAAAAACUGCAUGCUUUCUACUGGAUAUGAGUUUCAUGAGUGUGUGCCCAAAUUCGUCUAAGACAUCAAUGUUUCAAGAUAAAUGGAUUAGUUUGUUUAAUCACAUCGUCCAUUGCUGUUCAAAAAUAAAGG